AUGUCUUCGUUUUGGCAAUUAAACUACCAGCAAUGCCAAACGCUGGAUCUGUGGCUGCAGACCUACGGCGUGCUGCUGAACCAUCGGACACGUCACGAGUUCAGUGACGUUCUGCCAGUGGCGAGACUCUUCAAUAAGGUGCAUCCCGGACGCGUGAACCUGAGCCGAUAUGUGUCCAGGAACAGCGUGGCGCUGAAGACAAUCAACUGGCGUAUUUUCAAUGCCAGAGUACUGAGGAAAAUGAACAUGGGCCUGACGCAAGCCGAUGAGGAUAAGUUGGCCAGGGGCGUGGAGUGGAUCCAGGAUGCGCUCCUCUACCAGCUGAUGAUGACUGCUGUUGAGUGCGUGAAGGUCGGGCAAGAGGAUGUCUUCCCCGGCAACACUGCGCCCAAAACCAAAAAGAAUAUUAAAAGUGAAACAUAA